AUGAUUGCCAAAAUUCUUCCUGUCCUCCUCGCCGCGGCUGGUAUUAGUGCUGUCAAUGGUCGUGCCAUCGCUUCUCCCCAGGGAGUGACUGAUUUACUCACUCCCUCCACUGCUGUUCCCGGAAACUGUGUGUUGUCUUCUCCUAACACUUAUGGGCUCAGCAUUGCUCCCGCAGAUAAUGCUGCUAUCAGAAGAAGGCAGGCUGUCACUCAAAUUGCAGAUGGCCAGGUCCAGGCUCCUGGUGGCACCGGAGCAGCUGGAUCAUCUGCUGCCGGUUCCGCUGCUGGUACUGCUGCUGGAGCUGGCCCUGGUGCUGGCUCCGCCGCCGGUGCUGCUGGCUCUGCCGGGUCUCCUGGAGAUGAAGUAUCUGCAACUCCAGAAGAAGCUGCAAAUGCUGGCGCUGCCGCCGCCGCUGCUGGUGCCGCAGGCGUUCCUCCUUCCGUAGUUGCAGAAAAUACUGCUGCUAACGUUGCGAAUGGCGUUGUACCACAAACUUCUGAGCAAUUUGGAGCUGGCAGUGGUGCUGGUUCCGCUACUGGUGCUGCUGGUGAAGCUGGUCCUGGUGCUGGUCCUGGUGCUGGUCCUGGUGCUGGUCCUGGUGCUGGUACUGGUGCUGGCUCUGCCGGGUCUCCUGGAGACGAAGUAUCUGCGACUCCAGAAGAAGCUGCAAAUGCUGGUUCUGCCGCUGCCGCAGCUGGUGCCGCAGGCGUCCCUCCCUCUGUGGUUGCAGAAAAUGCUGCUGCCAACGUUGCGAAUGGCGUUGUCCCACAAACUCCUGAACAAUAUGUGGCUGGACCUGGAGCUGGAGCUGGCCCUGGCCCUGGAGCCGAAGCUGGAGCUGGAGCUGGUAAUGGCGUUAGUUCCUCUGGAGUUGCUACUCAAUUUGCUGAUGGACAAAUCCAAGUAUCCGAAGCAGGACCUCCUCCCAUCGGCCCCCCCACAAACCAGGUGACCCAGAUCCAGGAUGGCCAAAUUCAGGCUCCAGGCAUUGGACCUGAGGCAUCUACUGGGGCCGCAGGCUCUUCCGCUGCUGGAGUAGCCCCUGGAGCAGCCCCUGGAUCUGCUGGAUCCCCUGGCGCUGAGGACUCUGGCACCGUCUCAUCACCUACCCCCGAAGGUGCUUCCGCAACUCCUGGCGAGGCUGCAAAUGCGGCAGGUUCUGCUGCUGAGGCUGGAGCCGCAGGUGUUCCUCCAGCCCAGGUAGGCCAAGAAGCUGCUGAUUUGACUGCUAAUGGGCAGGUCCCACAGACGCCAGGUUCAUUUGGCGCCGGCGCCGUCGGUGACGCCGGUGCCGCUGGCUCAGGUGCUGGCUCAGGUGCUGGUGCCGGUGCUGCCGGUGCUGCUGGCUCUGAUGCUGGUUCCGCCGCUGGUGCUACCGGUGCUGGAGGCUCCGAUACUGGAGCUGGUGCCGGUGCUGGUGCUGCCGCUGGUGGUGCCGGCUCUGGUGCCGGUGCUGCUGGUGCCACCCCAGUAACCCAGAUUGCCGACGGACAGAUCCAAGCUCGCCAGAAUGGAGAUCUCUUGGGAGUCACCCUCAAUAACGGUGUCCUUACUGAUGCCAGUGGACGCACUGGUUAUAUCGCCGAUAACCGCCAGCUUCAAUUCGAUAGCCCACCCCAGACAGGAGCCGUUAUUACUGGUGGGUUCAAUAUUUGUGAUGACAAUACUCUUGGUUUAGGAGGAAACAAUGUCUUCUAUGCUUGCGGAAGCUCUGACUUCUCAAACCUCUAUGACACAGAAAUCUACCCAGACAACUGCAACCCCGUAAACCUAUUGCUUAACUAG